GUUCCCCUGCCUCUGGUCUGGACCACCGCUGCUGAGAGGCACAAACCCUGUCCGUCUCCAGGAGGAAUUGGCUCUUUUCUACUGGGCGAGUCCUUUCAGCAAACUUUGGGAGGGAACAGCUGCUCACGGUGAAAACAAGACGAUCCUGCUGAUCCAAGCUGAAAUGUGACAUGGAAAUGGGAUUUUUGACCUUGAGAGAGACAUCUGCUGUGACCGAGUUCGUUUUAGUGGUUAUCGAACAGGAAAAGAGUUUGGGAAGCGUGAUGUGACCGUGGAGUUCCAGAAAUCUGGAAGGCUCGGGACAGACCACAGCGUGUGAGCAGAAGGGGAAGCCUGGAGUGGGAUCCCUGCCUGCCUACGCCUGGACUCGACAUUGCUGGGGCCACAUCUUGCAGUAAAAGGAAGAGGAAAAGACGAUUCAUUCACCGUUGCUAAAAAUGGGAGACAGCAUCUGUCCAGCAGACCAGGAAGGGAAGUUCCAGACCUUGCCUGUGGGGCAUCCCUGGGAGCGCUGCAGCCGGAGCACCGCAGCCCUCUGUCAGUAAGGGGUGCCGGGGCGGCAUGGCUCAGGGAGCCUGGGUCAGCAUGCUCUUCCACAACCGCAAGACCCAGCUCCUGCUGGUCAACUCCUUGACGUUUGGCCUGGAGGUCUGCCUGGCUGCAGGGAUAACCUACGUGCCUCCGCUGCUGCUGGAAGUGGGUGUGGAGGAGAAGUUCAUGACCAUGGUUUUGGGGAUAGGACCUGUCCUUGGCUUGGUUUUUGUCCCACUGAUCGGAUCUGCCAGCGACCACUGGCACAGCAGCUAUGGCCGAAGGCGCCCUUUCAUCUGGAUGCUUUGCCUGGGAGUCCUGCUGAGCCUCUUCGUGAUCCCACAUGCCAGCAGCCUGGCCAGCCUGUUUGCCCUCAACACUCGCCCGCUGGAGAUUGCCUUCCUCAUCCUGGGCAUUGGGUUACUGGAUUUCUGCGGCCAGGUCUGCUUCACUCCGCUGGAGGCCCUGCUCUCAGACCUCUUCCAGGAGCCAGACAACUGCCGCCAGGCCUUCUCCCUGUACGCCUUCAUGAUCAGCUUGGGGGGCUGCAUUGGCUACCUGCUUCCAGCCAUUGACUGGGGUGGCAGCUUUCUGGCCCCGUACCUGGGAGGGCAGGAGACGUGCCUCUUCAGCCUCCUUGCCAUCAUUUUCCUCGGCUGUGUGCUGGCCACGCUUUUUGUGACAGAGGAGGCAGCCACCCAGGCAGACGUUCUGGAUGGCCCAGCGCUGAAGGAUGCUCCCCCUAAGCCCUCGCCUCCUGCCUGCUGCCCUUGCCAGCUCUCCAGGAGCUCAUGUCUCCUGCAGGCCAGGCACAUGGCGCAGGCCCUGAGAAACCUCUGCACGCUGGUGCCACGGCUUCACAGCCUCUACUGCCGCAUCCCCAAGGUCAUCCGGCGCCUGUUCGUGGCCGAGCUCUGCAGCUGGAUGGCACUCAUGACUUUCAUGCUGUUCUACACAGACUUUGUUGGGGAAGGGCUCUACCAUGGCAUCCCCAGAGCCAAGCCAGGCACAGAUGCCAGACGCCACUACGAUGAAGGUGUCCGGAUGGGUAGUUUGGGCCUCUUCCUGCAAUGCGUCACAUCCAUCUUCUUUUCGACAAUCAUGGACCGGAUGGUGAAGCACUUUGGGACACGGGCAGUCUACCUGGCCAGCGUGGUGUUCUUCCCCGUGGCUGCCUUCGUCAUGUGCCUUUCCCACAGCGUCAUCGUUGUUACCAUCUCAGCUGCUCUGACGGGCUUCACCUUCUCUGCACUCCAGAUCCUGCCAUACACACUGGCAUCACUAUAUCAUCAUGAAAAACAGGUAUUUUUGCAUAAAUAUAAGAGCAAAGAGGAGGAAGACGCGGCUCGAUUGGACAAGAAGUCAGCCUUCUUUAGAGAAGGCCACCUUUCCAGCCAGAAGCUGCCUUACCAGAAUGGACAUGCUGGGAGCCUCUUCUCUUCUUCCUCUUCCUCCUCCUCCUCUCCUCCAUCCACCAGCUCGGCUCUGUGCGUCAGCUCCUCCUGCGACGUCUCGCUCAUGAUGAUGGUGGGAGAACCGGACUCGGUGGCUCCUGGCCGAGGGAUCUGCCUGGACCUGGCUAUUUUGGACAGUGCUUUCCUCCUCUCUCAGGUUGUCCCCUCCCUCUUCAUGGGGUCCAUUGUCCAGUUUACGCAGUCAGUGACUGCCUACAUGGUGUCAGCUGCUGCCUUUGGCCUGGUAGCCAUUUACUUUGCAACCAAAGUUGUCUUUGAUAAGAGUGACAUGGUGAAGUAUUCCGUGUGAUGUGCAAGGCGCAAGGGCAGCACGCAGGUGCCUGCGCGUGGUACAAUAAGGGGAGGGGGGCAGUUCACAUGGCCACUUGUGGGGUGCCUCGUGUGGCUGCUGCUCUCCCCAUGCUGUCGCUGUAGCCCUGGGGGGUAGUUCUGGGGCUGGGGGCAGGAGACAUGCAACAGGGCUAAUCUCAGGUGUAAAUAUGAGGCAUCGGGGCAUUGUGCCUCGGGCCAGCAGUGCUUUCCAAAGGUGCCUUUAUCAAAAGAAAGCACUGCACAGCCAGCACCAAAGGGGGUUGUAUAGGGGAGAAAAAGGAAAUGGGCUUUUCCUUUAAUUAACGGGUCAUGUUUCUGAGCAGGAGAGGCAGUGGUACGGGGAGGAAAGGAAUCACUGGCUCUCCUGUGUUCCAGUUACAGCUAUAUCCUCUUCCCCUGCUUGUUGUAGUUUUACUCAACUUCUUGAGCAAUACUUCUGCAAAUAGGACACUGGGAGGAGAUUUCCUCGGGGAAAAAAAAAGAUGGGUGGCUAAGGUUUGGCCAUGGAGUAAAGGGGGUGCAUAUGUGUGUGUGCACGCUUCCGUCCUUCCCCACCUCUGUUCUGACUGGGAAAAACCAUUUAGGAGAAAAGUUACUAUGUCUUGUUUUGGAAAAACAAGUAACGUUUCAUUAGGACCAAUUCCAAAAGGUGACUUAUCUUUUACCUAUGUACCAAGUUGCAUCAGAUGGAAAGGACUUCUUAACUUUUUUUUUUUUAAAUGAUUGUUUUUAGCUUUCCUCACACACUUCUCUGUAACUCUGACCUCUCACUCCUCAGCGCUUAGAACUGCUGCCUGCUCUCUCCCCUGACAGAUCUAGACUGUUGUGCCUCCUCCUCACCUGGCCCCUAAAAGAUGCUGCCAUAUCACAGGAAGAUCUGUUCUCAGGAGGGUUUCAGUCCCAUGACAAUGAAGUUAGAACAGGGAGUGCUCUCCUGGAGGGCUGCCUGAGAACCAGCGUACCAGGCCUGAGGAAGCUGGAGGAAUUGCCUGUCUGCUGACAGCCAGUUGAACUCAGCAGCAGUCACUGCUGUAGGUGGUACCUGGAGUUGGUCGCUGGCUAUGUUGUGUUCCCCCCAAAGACGUGUCCCCAAAGCAGCCUUCUAGACCAGACUGUUCUUCCCAGACAGAAAAGCUUUCGGCUGUGCUUGCUGGGCAGGGGUACACCUUGCAGAGCACGCUGCAUCCCAGGACCCAGCACGGUGGCUGAGCUAACACGUUGCCAGCACACCCAGAGAGGCUGCUGGAAACAGCAUCGUGAACGGGAGGUGGGUAGGGUGAAAUGUGCCUACGGCUGCUUACAGAGCAGGGUAAGCCUGGUUCUUGGUGUGUCAGACAAAAGGAGGAGGACAGAGACUCUCUUGUACCUGUGGUUUGCUGAUCCAGAUUACAUACAUACUAUGUUAUACUUGUUUGGGCUUUUUAAAUUCUAUUUUAUUCCCAGACAGGAGUCAAGAUUCUUAUUGAGGCACAGUACAAAUGCAGUUACCUCUUAGAGUCAGGCCCCAUAGCACUGGGAGCAAAUGCUCCUGGUUUGUUCGGGCUGUGUAGCUCCCAGGUGCAAGUCAUCUUCCACUGGCAGAAGAGUGGCUGCAGCUGUGUGUCCUUCUGGCCCAUCCCAUUCCCAGUACAAGUGGACCAGCUGGGAUAAUUCCGCUAGUGGCAGAUUCCAACACUUGAAGACUUAUCCGUAUACCAAGUAGGGGUCGAGGUCCCAGACCGCAGACAGCACUUAGACUUUGAAAUGAUCCAAACUCUGCCUACAGUGCGUAGAGGAAAGCAUGAAUCGGUCUUUUGGAGGCUGGGCUGUGAGUAUGCAGAAGUUCAACGGUCCUUAACUUUGGCUGGUCUAAACAAAGUGUUUGUGACUAAUUUUCUGCGGAGGUGUGUGGGCAGUGAGAUGCACUGGUGAGGUUCGGCUGAAGGGCAGAAUGUUGCUAUUUUUGCAAGGUCUUGUCAGACUGUUCCUUGGUAUGGAUGCAAAGUUACUCCCCUGCUGUCUGCAGACGGGUCCUGAGAAGGCUUCUCCGAAGUUUUUUAAACAUGUAUUUCCCGUAAAGGGUGACUGUUUUUGUUUUAUUUCUUCUUAAAUUAUAUGCCUACCAGCUUCCCUUUCCCACAAGAAGGCUUGUGUGCUGAAAUGCAGCUGUUUUGGGGAUGCAUUUGGCAGCUGCUAAACCACCUAUGGAAACAGUUUUUUGUCUGUACUUCCUACCCUGGUCUCUGUCCACUUCAGGCUUCAGGAGGAAGUCUUUGAGGCGAAAUGUUAUUGCCAGAGGUGGGGUGUUUCUUGGAUGAAUGCUCCUAGUAAUCGGUAACCUCUGACCCUAGAUUUUUCCAACAGGUUCCUACCUGCGUGCUGAAGUAUCCUUUAUUUUUAUUUUUUCUUACGUAAAAUGCGGGGAACCUUCACACUUGGAGGCUGCUACGAUGCUAAGUGCUUUUGAUAACUGAGCCCUUUGUGUAAGUGCCUAAAGAGUCCUUCUGCACCAAACUUCAGGUGUACGGGUUUGAUGAUAAAGGCCUUGAAUGCUUCAUUACAGACAUUGAAGUGAUCCUUGAAAAAGCAGCAGGCUGGAGGGGGAGGCAGCCUUGGUUUAUAAUGUCCUUCGGUUUGGAAUGUGAAAGAUGCUGCAGUUCUUGAUCCGUAACUUGCACCUGUCCCUCAAGAGGAGAAGGCUGAAGCCGGCCAGGUUCCCCGACUGACCUGCCCUCCGUCUGCUGAGCUGCCUUUGGUGCAGCUACAGCCUGGCUGUAGCUGGUGGACAUGAGUAGGUCUGGGCUGACGGCACGGGCAGCAGGCUCUGUGCCUUGGCAGAGCUGGAGGGCUUGGGAUUAGUGCAGGUCGGGGCUCAGACCUGUCCUUCAUGGACAGAUCAAGCAUGCCUUCGGCCUCCCUGUUCUCCCAUCCCCUUCACUGCACUGGGUCACGGACUUGGCACCCAAAUCUCCUCAGCAAGUCUGGUGUCUGCAUCCAGUGCACUGGCUCUGGUCUCACUGGUCCUAGGAGAGGGCAGGCUGGGUUUGUCCCGUUUUCUCAUAAUUCAGAUAGGCUUCCAGGGAGGGGCCUGCGUUUACUUCGUUGAUGUUCAGAAAAGACCACUGGGUGACUGAACUUGGGAGUCUGCAGCCGGCUGCUCUCGCUCUUUGCUGCUGCAUCCCAGACGGGCGCCCACCAUCCUGCUUUGGCCUGAGCUGUGACGGGAUGGGUAACAGAGCUCAUUCUCCAUUCCAGCUGGAGAGACACCAGCCAGUCUGACCCAGGGGCUCCUUACCCGCUUCUCUGGCUGCACUGCUCUUGUUUUAGCCGGUUCAUCAAGGACAAGAGCGCUACUUGAUUAUCCACUAAGAGACACUUUGGUAUCUCCCCUCCCUCUGGCACCCUUCUUCCCAGUUCUCCAGCUGGAGUGAAACCCAGCAAACUCAGUAAUUGCUCCUUUCUUCUUAUCCCCUGUUACACCACGAGAGGUCUGCGGGGCGCUCUGCCAGCUACUGACACAGUGGGCAGAUGGGUGCGGGAAGGAGAACUUGCCAAGACCAAACUAACCCUGUCCCCCAUGGGAGUUCAAGCCCAAACAGAUUCGGGCCAUUUGCCCUCAGAGCUUGGCUAUUUGCAAGAGGAGCGGAG